AUCGAAUCUUUCGAAGAUAAAUACCAAAUUAGAGAGGAAGAAGAAUCUAUAAAGAAAUUGAAUAUUUCUAAGGCUUGAGGCCAAGAUUGGAGUGGGUAUAUAUAAUGACUGAGGAAGAAUCUUGAAAGUACAUUUCAAUAUUGCUCCAUAUUAUUGUAAGCAAUCACAAGGGUUCCCAAUUGAAAAUUCUCUCUCUCUCUCCUCUUUCUCUAGAUUUCUCCUUGUUUCACUGCUUCAUGUCUGAAGAGCCCUUGUAGCUUUUUCUCUUUCAUUUCAAAUUUCAAAGUGAAAAUUUCCCAUUUCUCUGUAUUCAAUCGACCCACCAAAGAAAAGAAAGAAACCAUGUCUUCUCCAAGCAAACGCCGAGAGAUGGACUUGAUGAAACUGAUGAUGAGUGAUUACAAGGUGGAGAUGAUUAAUGAUGGGAUGCAAGAGUUUUAUGUAGAUUUUCAUGGACCCAGUGAAAAAUGCAAGGAAAUUGAUAAAGAAAAGUCACAAUGUGAUGAGUUUCUGGCAGGUCCUUAUCAUGGAGGCGUAUGGAGGAUAAGAGUCGAACUUCCGGACGUAUACCCCUAUAAAUCUCCUUCAAUAGGAUUUGUUAACAAAAUUUAUCACCCCAAUGUUGAUGAGAUGUCUGGAUCGGUUUGUUUAGACGUUAUUAAUCAAACUUGGAGUCCCAUGUUUGAUCUGGUAAAUGUUUUUGAAGUGUUCCUACCGCAACUUCUUUUGUAUCCCAAUCCGUCAGAUCCUUUGAAUGGAGAGGCUGCAGCCUUGAUGAUGCGUGACCGAGUUGCUUAUGAACAAAGAGUAAAAGACAUCCAAUAUAAUUGAAACAAUAUAGUGAAGAUUAGCAUGACCCCUAUGUAAGGAUGACACGCUUAAAUCAAGUGCUCGGCAUCUUUUCAAGUGGAUUACUAUUAACUUGGAAAAGCUGCUUUUGGUUCCAUUGGAAUUUUAUUAUCAACUCGAUCUUCUUCCAUUACUGCAAGACAUUCUUUGGCUUGGCUUCACCUUUAUACAUUUUGGGAUAGGAUACUUGUGUCUAUGAUGUUUGUUCUCCUAUCCUACUAGCUGCCAUUACUAUGGGCGGUCCCUAGGCUCAUGACUACUCUCAAGAAGUGCUUGAUUGUCAUUUCAUGGUAUCUUUCUUCCAUGAUCGUUUGAAUACUUGGGGAGAGAAUGAAAGGUAAAGACUUUUCUCAAUGGGCCAUUGCAUUAUCUUGUUGACAAUUACAAAGGAUGAAAGGAGAAAGACAAAGGAGUUACUCUCUUGGUAAAAAGACUUUCCAAUUGAUUGAGAAAUUCUCUUGAUAAAAGCUCUGAGUGGACAAGCAAAAGAAACUUAGAUGACAACCUGAUCUUCCCUUCUAACCAAAUACCCUACCACAUAGCUAUUUGUCAUUCACGUUACUUGAUUCUGCUUGGUGUCGGGAGAUCGAAACAUGGUGUUGAGGUGAGGAUAUGUGUUAUUCAAAAGAGAAAAAGGAUAUGAUAAUGAUAUUUGCCUUGUUUAUGGUAUCGCUGCUAGUCUACCACCGCCAGGCAGUGGUACUAUCUUCGGCAGUGGCAGCAUAAUACGUGAAUCGUAGAGUAGUGCGACGACAGUGAUUGUUUUGGAGUAAGUUCCUUCACCAGAAUUGGGUGAAAUCUUUUUGUAUCCUAGAUUUUCAGGCUUUUGUUUUUCUGAUCUGAGAGAUCUUUUUUUAUUCUGAUGUGUGAUAGUAAUUAGAUAGUUUCCGAGUCGAGUUGGAUUACUCUUGCAGAAGAGUUGGUUCGAGGGGAAAUGAAACAUGUCCGUGCAGUCAUUUCUUUGAUGAAAUCCUUAUUGAUCUUCUUUGUUGCUUUUUCACCUUGUGAACUUCAUUGAACAUGGCCAUUGUAGCAAUUCUUCCAUCUCAUCUUUUACAGAAUACUGUGAAAGAUAUGCAAAGCCAGAAGACACAGUAGCUGCACCCGACGAAUCAAGCGACGACGAAGAACUAAGUGAAGAUGAAUCUGACUCUGGCGAUGAGCAAGUCGUGGGACAAGCGGACCUGUAAGGGUUCAUUUCGAGUGUCUUUCACUGUACAAAGUGUCUCUGCUUGAAUACUUUCUUCUGUUCUAUCAUGUAUAUAUUUAUUGGGGAAAAAAAGAAAAGAAAAAAGAGAUGCUGGUUUAUUGUUGCAAUUACUCUAUUGGCUAUUGCUGGAAGAUUAUGUUAAGACUUUGUAAUACUAAUCUGGCUUUGCUUUGUUGAGAUGAUCAAAUGUAACCAUAAACUACUUCUACAAUUGGAAAUUGAAAUCAUUGUCUAAAAUAACAUAUCCUAACA